UGUAGCCUUCUGAUUGGACAGUGGACUGAUGAUGUCAGACCAUCAAGACUGAGAUGUUUCAUCACAUGAUCUUCAUGCAGCUCUGCAUCCAUCAUGGCUUCCUGAUGCAGAUUUACCUCCUGACUCCCAGAUUCUAACCCAGGUAACCAGGUGACCAGGUAACCUGGGUUUGAAUCUGGGAAUCAGAAAAAAUAUUGUAUUGUCACAUGACUUAUUGUAAAUAUUACAUUUUGUAAUCCCCCGAGGAUUUUCUAAAAACUAGAAGCAGGUCGACCACCAGGGGGCGCUGGACUACACCCUAACCCUCUCCACUGGAGACAGCGCCACCUACCUGUCCUUACAAGAUCAUUGAGGAAGAGGACAGAUUGAGCUUCAUCAAUAAAUUCCUCCUGCUGCGUCUCACCUGAAUGUUUUUAAAGAUUCAGAUCUACACACACUGACGCACACAAACACUGAAACACACACACACUGACACACACACACACACACGCCGACACACACACACACAUUAACCCCCCCUUGCAGCAGCUUCAGGCUCCGCCCCCUUGCAGUCUCCAGGUCUCUCCAGUUUUCCUGCUCUGUUUCGGAUCAGUUGCUGUGGGUCGUUAUCUGGACCGGACCUGGUUCUGCUGGUUCUGUUUGGGUCGGAGUUCUGGGGGAACAUGAGAAGGAGAGGAGCAGAACACCGGACCCGGGCCUGAGGAGCAGAACCGACUCAGAACUGCUGAGCAGGAUGUCAGGAAACGUGUCAUCUCUGGCUCCGCCCACCAGUGCGUCACCCCCACCUCCUCUCAACGUCUCCCAGUAUCCUCCCCUCACCAACUGGGAGCCUCCCAGUUUCACCCGAGCUGCUCAGUUCCGGGUCGGCGCCACCUCAGUGCUCUUCCUGUUUGCCGCCUGCAGCAACCUGGCGCUGCUGGCCAGCGUCUGGUGCGGCCGCAGCCGCCGGCUGUCGUCUCACCUGCGGCCGUUGAUGCUGAGCCUGGCGGUGGCGGACCUGAUGAUGACGUUUGUGGUGAUGCCUCUGGAUGCGGCGUGGAACAUCACGGUGCAGUGGUACGGCGGCGAGGCGCUCUGCAAGCUGCUCUGCUUCCUGAAGCUGUUCGCCAUGCACGCCACCGCCUUCAUCCUGGUCGUCAUCAGCUUGGACCGCCAUUACGCCAUCCUGCACCCGCUGGACGCCCUGAACGCACACCGCAGGAACCGCUGUAUGCUGCUGCUGGCCUGGAGUCUGAGUCUGCUGCUGGCUUCCCCACAGCUCUUCCUCUUCAGAACCAUCCGUCUGGACGCGGCCGACUUCACGCAGUGCGCUUCCCACGGCAGCUUCACUCACCGCUGGCAGGAAACGCUCUACAACAUGUUCCACUUCGUCACGCUGUACGUUGUGCCGCUGCUUCUGCUGAGCUGCUGCUACAGCCGCAUCCUGCUGCACAUCAACCAGCAGCACCUGCAGCACAAAGCAGGUGAGUCCCCCCUGCGGCGCAGCGGCACCGACCUCAUCCCCAAGGCGCGGAUGAAGACGCUGAAGAUGACGGUGGUGAUCGUGCUGUCCUUCGUCGUGUGCUGGACGCCGUACUACCUGCUGGGGAUCUGGUACUGGUUCCAGCCCGACAUGUUGCGGGUCACGCCCGAGUACGUCCACCACGCCCUGUUUGUGUUCGGGAACCUGAACACCUGCUGCGACCCCGUCAUCUACGGCUUCUACACGCCGUCGUUCCGCGCCGACCUGGCUGCCUUCUGCCACUGGACGAGGAGCCACGCUUCGCCGCGCUCGCCGGAGCACCUGUCCGCCAGGCAGGGUCCGCACAGCGGGGAGGACGAGGCGCCGCCUGGCCCCGCCCACCGGGCAAACCAGGCGGCGCCUCGCUGACCAAUCACAAGCCAGAACUGAACCACGGGACGUUCUCUGCUUCUCUGGUUUUAUUCCUUCGUGUUUGGAGGUUUCUCAGUUUCUCAGCAGCAGAUUGAAUCUCUGAAUAAAACGUUUCUCUGCUUCUGA